CGUUAAUGGUGGGAUUUUUAAUUUAUCCGAAGAAAAUACGUCAAAAAGGAAAGAGGACGAUGUCAUGAAAAGGAUGAACGGAUCAAGCAAAACUAUCCUAAAAAAACGAACAAGAAUUAAUGACUAUUUUCUUGUGCGUGACGUCGUUUCUCAACCUUCAAAUGAUUCAUCUGAUGUUCUACCACCUGCCGUACCGACAGUAAUGCAGAAAAGGUCAGAAGUACUUGUUCUACAA